AUGCAUUCGCUGUUUGUUUGUGUUUCAGCGCUUUGCUUUUUUCGUCAGUUUUCCGAUGCUGGAACUACCCUUUGCCAGGAUUGUCGCGUGAAUGUGAUAUAUCCUGGAUUGAAAAAAACCCAUCAGCAGUUGCCCGAAAAUCAGCGGAUAGUGCGUAUCAUCAAUGCCUUCAGGCUAGUCAGGAAUACGGAACUAAGACAGCCUAACCAGGAUUUUAGCUUUAUAGCCAAGGUAAAGGUAGGAGCUACCAUACGAUGCAGUGCAGCCUUGGUGGCCUCAAGUUUGCUGAUUAGCUCUAGUAUUUGUCUAGGAAAUGGAACCCCUCAGGGACUUCAAAUACUCUUUGCAGGCGGUAAAACUUUCGCUGUGGAUUCGGUAUUAAAACCCGAAUUCUGUCCCGAACUGAGUCUGCUCCAUUUGAUGAACCCUUCUGGAAUUAAUCCAAUUAUCUUGUGCCAUCAGAACCUUUCGUUGGGCACUAAUGUCUCCAUGAUGAUGGCCAGUCCUGAUCUCAGCUUUUACGGUCGUCGGCACACUCAAAUCAUCUCGAAUCGUGCCUGCAAAACCACAUUUUUGGACGAGGAUUCCGUUUAUAUAACACCCAAUAUGCUGUGUGCAAAGAACUCUAUGAAACCAGAGAAAUGUGCCACCUCUCCGGGGGAUUCCCUGCUGAUAGACCACCAAUUGUGUGGCCUAAAUAUUUAUGGUUUUCGCUGUUUAGCAAAUGCUGUUAAUGGCGAUCUGUUCAUAAACCUAUGUAAUCUACAGCCCGUGCUAAGCGAUUUGAUACGGAAACUUAACGGUUGA